AUGCACACAGUUGUUAACAGUACUCAAAGUACUGUUUUUGAGUGUGAAACAACACACUUUUUGAGUGAUGGAAAUUGUGAAAGUGUUAUUGGUACUAACAUAAACGACCAAACAAUUCAAAAUUACAAACAAGAUGUGGAUAAUACUAAAUAUUUGAGGAAAGAAAUUGAUAACAACACAAAUUGCAGAUAUCAAAACGAGAAAGGGUGUCUUUCAUGCAACGAUGGAUAUUACUUAGAAGAUAAUAAAUGUGUUAAAUGCGCCAACAAUUGCACGACAUGUUUUAAUUCAACACUUUGUCUAACAUGUGACUACUCGAAAAAAUUGUUACUCAAUAACAAAGGCGAGUGUAUUGAAACCAUUUUAACAAUCAGUUGCCAACAACCGAUGGGCAAUGGUGUUGGAUGUGCAAUCUGUAAAGACGGGUAUUACUAUGAGCAAAAGUUUUGUUACGAAUGUGAUAAAUCGUGUGCAAUUUGUAAAAACUCGAUUUCAUGUUCGUUGUGUGCAGACACAUAUUUUUACUAUAAAAAAGACAGUGACUUGUGUAUCACCUAUGACAAGUUAAUUGGGUGCAAAAACAAGACGUCACAUGGCUGUGAUGUGUGUCAAAUGGGGUAUUAUAUGACAGAUCCGUAUUGUUCUAAAUGUGCAGAGAAUUGUCUCUCAUGCACUUCUUUAAAAUCGUGUGAGAUAUGCAAUGUCACUGAUUACGUCUUGAAAGAUGGCAUUUGCUUGUAUUACACUGAAAUUGAAUUUUGCACUUCUGCUCACAAUGGAUUUUGCAUGUCAUGUGUAGAAGGCAAACAACCAAAAGACGAUGGCUUGUCGUGUAAAGACAAGCCCAAUUUGGCUCUUUAUAUUGCACUUCCUGUUGUCUUAUUUGUAGUGUUAUUAAUAGUGAUAGCAAUAUCCAUAAUAUUACUUUUCUUCUUGUAUUUGCACUUAAAAGAGAAGAAAAAAAUGAUCAAUGUCUGUGUCUUUCAAAUGAAAAAGUCGAACAUUCAAUUUUUCAAAGUGAAUGAGUGGCUUGUCUCCAACAAGAAAGUUGUAGUCUUUGAGAAUGAAGACACUCAAAAUGGGAACAUUCCCGUUGACAAAGAAACGCGUGAAUUAUUAUGUGUUGGCAAUCGGUCUAAAAAUCGACUUAAAAUUCAGUUCAGUGUAAUAGAAGGCUGUGAUUUUUAUGAAAUCCGCACGGAGCCGAAAUUAGUGAAUUUAAAGAGUGGGGAGGCCUGUGAAUUUGAAGUGUUUUUGAAGCCUUUAUGUUCCUGUGAAAUUAAAGAGAAGAUUGUAUGUGUCGGUUUGGAUAUCCAAAAGGGCAUAGAAAUGACUGAGCACAUUGCAAUAGAAGCCAAGACUGAAAUGACUACAAAAUUGGAUUACCACGAGUUAAAAGAAACUAAGAAACUUGGCGAAGGAAGUUUUGGAAUAGUUUAUUUAGGCGACUUUAGAGGGAAGAAAGUAGCUAUUAAAAAGUUAAAAGAGGGUUGUGAGACUAAUCAGAAGAUCAAAGAAUUUGAGAAAGAAGUUGCAAUGUUAGAUAAAUUCAGAAGUGAGUACAUCGUCCACUUCUACGGCGCAGUCUUCAUACCAAGUCGAAUUUGUAUGGUCACCGAAUUUGCUCAAUUUGGAAGUUUAAACGACUUAAUGAAGAGAGAAAAGGAGGUUUCACCACGUAAUGUCAUUAAAGCGAAAUUGAUGUUAGAUAUGGCGAAAGGUAUUUCUUAUUUACAUAACAAUGGAAUAGUCCAUAGAGACAUUAAACCAGACAAUUUACUUGUGUUUUCACUUGAAAUGGACGAGAAGGUCAAUGCAAAAAUGACAGAUUUUGGGAGUGCGAGAAAUAUUAAUAUGCUGAUGACUAAUAUGACUUUCACAAAAGGUAUUGGAACACCAAAGUAUAUGUCUCCUGAAGUGUUAAAUAAAGAAAAGUACAAAAUGCCAAGUGAUAUUUUCUCGUUUGCUAUUACUAUGUACGAGUGUUUUACUUGGAAAGAACCAUACCCAAAAAGUGAAUUCAAAUUUGCGUGGAGCGUUGCAGACUUCGUGUCAAAAGGAAAUCACUUGAAGAAAGUCGGUGAGACGGAUGACACUAUUUAUUCAUUGCUCAAUAAAAUGUGGUGCUUCGAAUUUAAAGUCAGAAUUGUCAUCGAUGAAGUCGUUGAGGAGCUCGAAGACUAUUUAAGACAGUUUGAAAACUGA